AUGAUUUCAGAUUCCAUCCCGACAGAACUCAUGAUGGAGAUACUGUCGAGAUUGCCUACAAAGUCAAUCGCGAGGUUUCAUUGCGUGUCGAAGCAAUGGGAAUCACUAUUUGGCCAUCCAUAUUUCAGAGAGUUGUUCCUGACCAGAUCCUUCUCGGAUCAGCCGCGUAUCUUGUUCGUCAUUGAAAAAGACGGUUUGUGGAGCAUCUUCUCGGUGCCUCAACGUCUUCGUCCAUAUGAGAAGCCUUCAUCGUCGUCGUCAUCGUCUUCUCUUGUAGUAUCUGCCGAGUUUCAUAUGAAUUUCCCUCCUGACAAUAUGUGGAUCGGUCCUCGUAGUGACGGACGAUUUUCAUUUGGAUAUGCCUCGGGUUUGAUGUAUUUCCAUGGUUUGAGGAUCAAAGAGCAGAAUCACUAUCGAUUGCCUGUGAUAUGUAACCCUAAAACGGGAAGGUAUACGACCUUUGCUUCUUAUCUCUUCAGGAGCUGGUGUAGUGAUGCGCAUAGCUUUUUCGGGUUUGAUCCGAUUGAAAAGAAAUUCAAGGUAUUGUCUAUGGAGUAUCCACGUCGUCAUCAUGCAAUCUUGACAUUAGAAACCGGAAAAUCAAGAAGGAUAAAACGUUCCUUAAAACAUGAGAACGUGAGGGAUGGGAUAUGCGUUAAUGGGGUCUUGUAUUACUUAGCUGAAACGUGUGAGGAUGAGGAUGAGAAUGAGGACGAGGAUGAGGAUGAGGAUGAGGGUAAGAAAUUUGUGAUAGUUUGCUUUGAUGUUAGGUCUGAGGAAUUCAAGUUACUUUAUCCUGAAGGUUUUUGCCAAUUGAUCAACUAUAAGGGUAAGUUAGGUGUGAUUCAUUAUGAUUACGAUGAUGAUGCCAUGAAGUUGCUUGUGUGGGUUCUAGAGGAUUUCGAGAAACAGAAAUGGUCGAAAUACGAAUACACUUUGAGGGAUGAUAAGUUCUUACCUUAUCACGUUUCCAUCGUUGGAGUGAAUGCUACGGGUGAAAUUAUUUUGUCAAUGGGAGAUUUUACAUCUGAGCAACCGUUUUAUGUUUUCUACUUCAAUCCUGAAAGGAACACUCUCCAACGUGUUGAGAUCAAAGGUUUUGGAGAGUAUCAUGAAGCUUUGGACAAGCCGAGUAGAGUGCACGUCUUUGUUGACGAUUGUAGUAGAUUAUACGCCUUUGCAGACCAAGUUGAGGAUCUUUAUGUUAACGAUCGCAAGUUUCUCGAGUCAAGCAUCUAUGUUCCAUAUGUGAAUACAGAAGAAGAACAAUAUUGGAAUGACUAUUCAGGAGAUGAAUAUGAUUCUCAAACUUCAGAUGAAGAUGAAGCUGAAGAUGGAGAAGAAUAUGAUUUUGAUUAUGAAUAUGAAUAUGAAGAUGAAGCAGCAUAUGAUUAUUCAAUUUGUUAA